AUGACGGCAACAAACGGACACACAGUCCCGAAGAGGGUCUACAAACACCCUUUGGACCAGCUAAGCGUCGACGAGGUCAACACUGCACGACAGGCGGUCCUCGAUGCUCGUAAGGCCGCUGUUAUUUUCCGAAACACCUUUGCUGUUGAGCCAGCGAAAGCCGAGCUGGUCAAGUUUCUCAAUGCCGAGCACGCUGGGACCCUCUCGGCCGACACUCCUCGACCCGCUCGACAGGCUCGCGUCCAAUAUGAUGUCGUUAGCGAGGAUCGGAGCCAUGAGUACAUGGAGUCAGUGAUUGAUAUUGCCUCUGGCAAGGAGGUCGAGCACAGACAGAUACCUAGGACUUCACAACAGGCCUUGACGGUGGACGAGUUCAAGGAAUUCAGCCACGUGUGUGUCGAGUCCGACAUGUUCAAAAAGGCUGUGAAAGAACUCAAUCUUGACGAGAAGUUUGAGAUUGCCAUUGAUCCCUGGCCUUACGGCGGGCCUGACGUCGGAGAAGUCACUCCAAGAUACACCCAAGGCCUGUGUUUCGCUAAGCUACGGAAUGGCAACCCCGACAGCAACCAUUAUGGCUUCCCUCUACCGAUCAUCCCUGUCAUGGACACGUACAAAAAAGAAAUCAUCCGCAUUGACCGUCUGGCCACUGGUGGUGUUGAGGAUGGUCUGAGCUAUGGAACAGCUGGCAAAAAUGUUCUUGAGCAUUGCCAACCUGCCGAAUACGUUCCUGAACUGCUGGACACACCCCUUCGCAGCGACUUAAAGCCACUGAAUGUGUUGCAGCCCGAAGGGCCGACUUUUACUGUUAGUGAUGAUUCCCUGAUCGAAUGGCAGAAAUGGAGGUUCCGAGUUGGGUUUACUCCUCGCGAGUGUGCAGUCUUACACGACGUUCACUACGACGGCCGUAGCGUGCUAUAUCGUCUCAGUCUGUCGGAAAUGACCGUCCCAUACGGUGAUCCUCGACCACCGUUCCACCGCAAGCAGGCUUUCGAUUUUGGCGACGCGGGCGCAGGCCGAGCCGCCAAUAAUCUUGCUCUAGGAUGCGACUGCCUUGGUGUCAUCAAGUACAUCGACGCCAUGUUGGUCGACACAGAAGGCAAGCCGUCGGUCUCCAAGAACGUCGUUUGCGUUCAUGAGCAGGACAACGGGAUUGGUUGGAAGCAUACCAACUUCAGGACCAAUCGCGCUGUUGUGACCAGAUCUAGGGAGUUGGUUGUACAAUUCAUCAUUACUCUGGCGAAUUACGAAUACAUCUUCGCUUACAAAUUUGACCAAGCGGGAGGCAUCACCGUGGAGACUCGUGCUACCGGCAUUGUUUCUGUGGUCAACAUCGACCCUGGCAAGACCAGCCCUUAUGGCAAUGUUGUCUCUCCCGGCGCCCUUGCCCAGAACCAUCAGCACAUCUUCGCCGUACGGAUCGACCCUGCCAUUGAUGGCCAUAACAACACGAUCUUCACUGAAGAGUCCCUACCUAUUCCAAUGAACCCGAAGACAAAUCCUCACGGCAAUGGAUACGAUGUCGUUCGCAAGCCGGUCACCAAGUCAACUUCGAUCCAUGCCUCGCCCUUCACCAACCUUACUAUCAAGAUGGCCAAUGCCAGCAAGAUCAACCCAAUCUCGCAACGGCCUGUGUCGUACAAGUUCAUCCCCUCUCCAAGCCAACUCAUCCUUGCCGACCCUGACUCCAUCGUCGCGAAACGUGCCGCGUUUGCGCAUCAUCAUGUGUGGGUAACGAAAUAUAAAGACAACGAGUUGUUUGCGGGCGGAGAGUUCACAAAUCAAUCUCAGAAAGAAGAGGGUGGCGUGGCUGACAUGGUGGCCCGGAAAGACGAGGUCGAGAACGAGGAUGUGGUUGUCUGGAACGUCUUUGGGCUCACACACAAUCCACGUGUAGAAGACUGGCCUGUCAUGCCCGUGGAGAUCCAUCAACUGCAUCUGCGGCCCGCGGACUUCUUUGAGCGGAACCCAGCCUUGGACGUGCCCGGAAACAAGAAUCUUGCAAGUGUGGAGGUCGGGAGAGAUGCGAACGGGGACUGUUGUCAAUCAAAUGGCAAUGGGUCGGUGCAGGCUGACCCAACAUCUCAUCUCCAAGGCUCAGAGAGUAUUCCUGUUGCCAGCGUCAAUGGGCACUGA